AUGCUCCGCACUGCUGCUCCCCACGCCCGCGUCGCUGUGCGCGGCAGCUCCCGUUCUGCCUCCUCGCUGAGGCUCUAUGCCAGCGUCGCCGGAAAGGAGAUCAAAUUCGGCAGCGAGGCCCGCUCGCUCAUGCUGCGCGGUGUUGAUUCGCUCACUGAUGCCGUUCAGACCACCCUCGGCCCCAAGGGUCGCAACGUGGUGCUCGAGCAGAGCUUCGGCGCGCCCAAGAUCACCAAGGAUGGUGUCACCGUGGCCAAGCACAUCGAGUUCAAGGACAAGUACAUGAACAUGGGUGCGCAGUUGGUGCGCGGCGUUGCCAGCAAGGCCAACGACGUGGCCGGUGAUGGUACCACUACUGCCACCGUGCUCGCUCGCGCCAUCUUCUCCGAAGGCACCAAGGUGGUCGCUGCCGGCAUGAACCCCAUGGACGUCAAGCGUGGCGUCGAUCAGGCCGUCAGCAUCGUCGUGGGCGAACUGAAGAAGCUCGCCAAGAAGGUCACCACCACUGAGGAGAUCAGGCAGGUCGCCACCCUGUCCGCCAACUCGGAUGACUCCAUCGGUUCCCUCAUCGCCACCGCCAUGGAGAAGGUCGGCUCGCAGGGCGUCAUCACCGUCACUGAUGGCAAGACUCUUGAGAAUGAGGUCGAGGUGAUCGAGGGCAUGAAGUUCGAUCAGGGCUACAUCUCGCGUUACUUCGUCACUGACCCCAAGACCCAGAAGUGCGAGUACGAGGACGCCCUGUUCCUCCUCACCGACGGCAAGAUCUCCUCCAUCCACUCCCUUCUGCCCUGCCUCGAGGAGGUGAGCCGCGAGCACAAGAAGCUCGUCAUCAUCUCCGACAACGUCGAGGGCGAGGCCCUGGCCACCCUCAUCAUCAACAAGAUGCGCGGCCUGCCUGUCGUCGCCGUCAAGGCCCCCGGCUUCGGUGACAACCGCAAGAACAACCUCCAGGACAUUGCCGUCCUCACCGGCGCCACCGUCGUGAGCGAGGAGAUGGGCCUCAAGCUCGAGAACUUCGAGCGCAGCUGGCUCGGUUCGUCCAAGAAGGUCAUCAUCUCGUCCGACGACACCAUCAUCAUGGACGGCGGCGGUAACUCGGAGAACAUCAAGGAGCGCUGCGAGCAGAUCACCGAGGCCCUCCAGCGCACCACCUCCAGCUACGAGCAGGAGAAGCUGCGCGAGCGUCUGGCCAAGCUCUCCAGCGGCGUGGCCGUGCUCAAGGUGGGCGGCGCCACCGAGGUCGAGGUCAGCGAGCGCAAGGACCGCAUCACCGACGCUCUGAGCGCCACCCGCGCUGCCGUCGAGGAGGGUAUCGUGCCCGGCGGCGGCGUCGCCCUGCUCCACGCCUCCAAGGCCCUCGAGGGCGUCACCGGCGCCAACGCCGACCAGACCAGCGGCAUCCAGCUCGUCGCCAGGGCCAUCCGCAUCCCCGCCCGCACCAUCGCCACCAACGCCGGCAAGGAGGGCGGCGUCAUCGUCGAGAAGAUCCUCCAGUCCACCGACGCCCACUGGGGCUACAACGCUCAGACCGACGAGUACGGCGACAUGUUCAAGGCCGGCAUCAUCGACCCCGUCAAGGUCGUCCGCACCGCCAUCGACGCUGCCGCCAGCGUCUCCUCGCUCAUGACCACCACCGAGGCCAUCGUCGUCGAGCUCCCCAAGGAGUCCUCCAUGCCCGCUGCCCCCGGUAUGGGCGGCAUGGGUGGCAUGGGCGGCGACAUGUUCUAA